AUGGCACCGAGCGUAAUUGAUUAUUCAGACCAAAUCAUCACUCCCCCAAUUCCUGUCCUCAAAAGCUCUCUAGAGCCGUCUGAUUUUCGAGCCGAACUAAGGGAGAAAGGGUUUUGUGUCAUCAAGGGGGCAAUCCCAAAGGAUCGAGCCAACGACUAUCAGCACAAGGCUCACGACUGGCUCCUCUCAUUCGGCAAAGGGCUCAAACUCGACGAUCCUCAGACUUGGACGGAAAGCAACUUCCCAUUGACAAACAAAAUUCGUGUAUACCAUGGCUACUGUGUUGCCCACGAGAGGUUCAUGUGGGAUGCCAGAAUGGAACCCGUUGUUCUUGAUGCCUUUAGCCGCCUAUGGGGUACAGACGAGUUGCUCGUCAGUUUCGACUGCCUGAACAUCACCCUCCCGAACCGACCUGAUCUGCCGGCCAGAAAGGCAUGGGAGCACAUUGAUCAGAGCCCGAUGAAGCGCGGGGUUCAUUGUGUUCAGGGAAUCAUCAAUCUAUUACCCAAUGGCCCCGAGGAUGGAGGUCUAGUAGUGUACCCAGGGUCCCACAAGCUUAAUGACGAGUUCUUCGACACUCAUCCCGACGUUGCCCUCCUGCCAAACAACAAAGACGUCUACCUCUUCUCCAAAGAGGAGUUGGCCUGGUUUGAAAAUCGCGGACUGCGCCCGCACAAGGUGUGCGCCGAUGUUGGCGACCUGAUCAUGUGGGAUUCUCGAGUCAUUCACUACGGCUCAGAUCCAACACCCUUAGGAAACACAAUCAGAACGGCCAUCUACGCGACGUAUCAGCCGGCGAGACUUGCGAGUCCGGAGCAGUUGGCGCUGAAGAAAAACAAGUUCGAGCACUUUGGCAGCACGACGCACUGGCCUUAUGAACACAGCACAGCUGGUCCUACCUACGCUAUUCUGCCGGACGGAACAAGGGAUUCUCAUGAUCGUGACGAGCCACUCGAGAAGCCGGACCUCACGGACAAGCUACUGAAGCUCGCGGGUGCCAGACCAUAUUAG